GCCCAACACGUCUGACGUGGUCAUUGUCAAGUUUGGCCUGUCCAUCGCCCAGCUCAUCGACGUGGACGAGAAGAACCAGAUGAUGACCACCAAUGUGUGGCUGAAGCAGGAGUGGAAUGACUACAAAUUGCGAUGGAAACCAUCCGACUAUGACAACGUCACGUCCAUCAGAGUGCCCUCAGAACUCAUCUGGGUACCUGACAUUGUUCUGUACAACAAUGCGGACGGUGAGUUUGCAGUGACCCACAUGACCAAAGCUCACCUGUUCUACACGGGACAGGUGCGCUGGGUGCCGCCGGCCAUCUACAAGAGCUCCUGCAGCAUCGACGUCACCUUCUUCCCCUUCGACCAGCAGAACUGCAAGAUGAAGUUCGGCUCGUGGACCUACGACAAGGCCAAGAUCGACCUGGAGCGCAUCGAGAACACGGUGGACCUGAAGGACUACUGGGAGAGCGGCGAGUGGGCCAUCGUCAACGCCGUGGGCACGUACAACACCAAGAAGUACGACUGCUGCCACGAGAUCUACGUGGACAUCACGUACUACUUCAUCAUCCGCCGGCUGCCCCUCUUCUACACCAUCAACCUGAUCAUCCCGUGCCUGCUCAUCUCCUGCCUGACGGUGCUGGUGUUCUACCUGCCGUCGGACUGCGGCGAGAAGAUCACGCUGUGCAUCUCGGUGCUGCUGUCGCUGACCGUCUUCCUGCUGCUCAUCACCGAGAUCAUCCCGUCCACGUCGCUGGUGAUCCCGCUCAUCGGCGAGUACCUGCUCUUCACCAUGAUCUUCGUCACGCUCUCCAUCGUCAUCACGGUCUUCGUGCUCAACGUGCACCACCGCUCGCCGGGCACGCACAAGAUGCCGCGCUGGGUGCACGCCGUCUUCCUGGACCUCAUCCCGCGCUGGCUCUUCAUGCAGCGCCCGGCGCCCGACGGACGUCGUCGGCGACGCCUCCUGUUGCUGCGGCAACACCAGCGUCACCAACGCCACCAGCAUCAGCAGCACCACCACCAGCACCACCACGCCCGUGACGACGACAACAACGACGACGACGACCUCCGCCACCAUCACCACGGCAACUGGCUCCAACAGCAGCAUCAGCAUCAGCAUCAGCGUCCGCAUCCGCACCUCCAGCAGGGCCACGGGCGGCACGGACUGAGGCUGCCCGGCUUGCCGUCGGCCGUGGCGGCCGCCGCCGGCCCCUUCCUGGGCACCACGUCCACCUGGGGCGGGAGAGCGGCCGACGAGCCGCACCGCCACUGCUACUACGAGGACCUGGAGCUGGGCACGCUCUCCACCGCCUUCUCCCUCUCCUUCCGCCCGCAGUCGCCCCGACCCCCAGGCUCCACGCCACCCCCCGUGCCCAAGCUCAACAACCCCCACGCGGGCAGGAUGGACAGACAGCAGGGCCAGGGGCAGGGGCAGGUCAGGGGCAACAGCACUACCUCCACUCAGCGGCCCGUCAAAGGGGACAAGGCGGCGUUGGCGGCGGAAGCCAGCGGGGGGUUCCUGCUGUCCCCCAGCGUGCAGCGGGCACUGGAGGGGGUCCACUACAUCGCCGACCACCUGAGGGCCGAGGACGCAGACUUCAGCGUGAAAGAAGACUGGAAGUAUGUUGCCAUGGUGAUCGACAGAAUCUUCCUGUGGAUGUUUAUUAUUGUGUGCCUGCUUGGAACUAUCGGACUGUUCUUACCACCCUGGCUUGCGGGCAUGAUCUAAUGCAGGGGGCGCUAGACCAAAAACUUCAGGGAUGCACACUCUUUUCUCAAGAUGAUGGACAUCCAAAUGGCCCAAUCACAUGAAGAGGAUAUGUUUCUUAUACUGAUGGAAGUGCAUGUUUCAAACGAGGAGGACCAUAGAAUUACAAGGAUGGUCUAUGGGAAGGACCCAUAGGACAGGGGUGAUCCUCUCCAUGGCCAGUCAGUAUUUUGAGAUUUUGUGCUGAGGUUUUGGUACAGAGCCCUGAUUGCGGUAUCUUCAUCCCCUGAGCUGAACUGAAUUGAACUGAAAGUUAUUGUUAAACAAGU